GGGGAAGAGAUCGGUGCUGGGAAAAAUGGUCACGCGUAUCUAGGCCUGGGCCUGGUCGCCAUAAUAACCGGAGGCGCCUCGGGGCUAGGUCUGGCCACAGCAGAGCGACUGGUGGGGCAGGGGGCCACUGCUGUGCUGCUGGACAUGCCCAGCUCGAAUGGGGAGGCCCAAGCCAAGAAGUUAGGGAAGAGCUGUGCCUUCGCCCCAGCUGACGUGACCUCAGAGAAGGACGUGCAAGCAGCCCUGACUCUAGCAAAAGAAAAGUUUGGCCGUGUGGAUGUGGCAGUCAAUUGUGCAGGCAUUGCAGUGGCCAUCAAGACAUAUAACUUAAAGAAGAACCAGGCCCAUACCUUGGAGGACUUCCAGAGAGUUCUCAAUGUGAAUCUCACAGGCACCUUCAAUGUGAUCCGCCUUGUGGCUGGAGAGAUGGGCCAGAAUGAACCAGACCAGGGAGGCCAACGUGGGGUCAUCAUCAACACUGCCAGCGUGGCUGCCUUUGAGGGCCAGGUUGGACAAGCUGCAUACUCUGCUUCCAAGGGGGGCAUAGUGGGCAUGACACUGCCCAUUGCUCGGGAUCUGGCUCCCAUGGGCAUCCGGGUUAUAACCAUUGCUCCAGGCCUAUUUGGCACCCCACUGCUGACCAGCCUCCCAGAGAAAGUGCGCAACUUCCUGGCCAGCCAGGUGCCCUUCCCCAGCCGACUGGGAGACCCUGCUGAGUAUGCUCAUCUGGUACAGUCCAUUAUCGAGAACCCAUUCAUCAAUGGAGAGGUCAUCCGACUGGAUGGAGCCAUCCGCAUGCAGCCAUGAAGGGAGAGGGCAGAGAAAAUACAUACUCUUCCACCCUUCCCCUGACAUACUAUACUCCAGCUUGGGAGGAAGCCCAGUAGCCAUUUGGUAACUCUGUCCACUAGUCACCUUCUGUGCCUAAUAAAGUCUAUUUCUUACAGGAA